GCUGGCAAACGCGCGCUGGUCUGUGGUCAUUCUCCUCAACAGUCUGAAUUGUAGUUUUUUCAGAGCAAGCACUUCAAAAAAGAACGACAAUCCUUUGGUGGAGCAAAAGUAGGCAGUCAUGCACCUGAACAGAGACGACGAGGACGGUAAAGGCUCCCUCUCCCUGAGUGUGUUCCUGGUGUCGGUCAGUCUAACCGUGUGUGUCGUGUGGCUAGUAGCUCUGUGCGGGGUCUGUGGAUGGUGCCAACGCAAACUGGGGAAGAGGAAUAAGCCAGGGAUGGAGUCCGCAGGUUCUCCAGACUCUGUCUCAGUACGAGGUCGGGGAGAAAAUAAAGCCAUCAAUGAUCUAGACAGAGACUUUUGGAAUAACAAUGACAGCAGUAAUGUUCAACAACGGUGGAGCUCCUACCCACCCAAGGAGUUCCUCCUAAACAUGUCCCCCUAUGCCCCGUAUGGAGACCCUCGCCUCACGCCCAAUUUUGGGGACCCUUCCCUAUCCACCACGUCCACCCUGGAGCACAUCCCGUCCUCGGCAGGCCGCCCCAGGCCCCUGGUGAGGCAGCAGAGCCUCCAGCAGCCCCUAACCCACCAGCCCCCGCCAGGGCCCAACGACCCCCCAGCUACCUCCCAGAGCCUGGGUCAGUUGCACACGGGGCCCGGGGGUGGGGGCCACCGGGGGGGCCCGCGGGGGGUGCGUGGUAGCCCGGCCGGGGCAGGGGCGUCCCGCUACAGGGCGGGCGGAGGGGCACGGUCACGCUCCAACCCGGGAAGCUGGGACCACGUGAUGGGACAGAUCCGCAACCGUGGCAUGGACGUCAAAUCCUUCUUGGAGGGCAAGAUGGUGGUGUUGUCCCUGGCGAUUGGACUGGCCGAGCAGGACGACUUCGCCAACCUGCCAGACCUGCAGGAGAAGCCUGCGAGUCAAGAGACGCUUUCUGCUGACAAGAGGGCUGUUGGGAACAAACCAAGAAGCAGCAGCCCCAAAGGCCAGACUCCUGAGGAGAGUGGCCGCCGCACAGACGCCAACUCCUCUGUGUCAGACCUGGCUAACUCCGUCACGAGCGACAUGCUGAUGUUAUCUCCUGGGUCUGAGGAAGAAGAGCACGAGGGCCCAGUGUGUGAGAAACUUGGCCGUAUCCAGUUCAGCGUGGGCUACAGCUUCCAGGAUUCCACACUCACAGUGAAGAUUCUCAAAGGCCAGGAUCUACCUGCAAAAGAUUUCUCUGGAACCUCAGACCCUUUUGUCAAAAUCUACCUAUUACCAGACAAGAAGCACAAACUGGAGACCAAAGUCAAGAGAAAGAACCUUAACCCACACUGGAAUGAAACCUUCCUGUUUGAAGGUUUCCCUUAUGAGAAGGUAGUACAGCGCACUCUGUACCUGCAGGUGUUGGAUUAUGAUCGUUUUAGUAGGAAUGAUCCUAUAGGAGAGGUCUCCAUCCCACUGAACAAGAUGGACCUGGCCCACAUGCAGACAUUCUGGAAGGAACUUAAACCAUGCAGUGAUGGCAGUGGGAGUAGGGGUGACCUGCUCGUCUCUCUGUGCUAUAAUCCCACGGCUAACAUCAUCACUGUCAACAUCAUAAAGGCACGCAAUCUCAAAGCCAUGGACAUCGGAGGCACAUCUGACCCCUACGUUAAAGUGUGGCUCAUGCACAAAGACAAGCGCGUGGAGAAGAAGAAGACGGUAGUGAUGAAGAGGUGCCUGAACCCCGUCUUUAACGAGUCCUUCCCCUUUGAUGUCCCCGCUCAUGUCCUGCGAGAGACCACCAUUGUCAUUACAGUUAUGGACAAGGACAGGCUGAGUCGCAAUGAUGUCAUAGGCAAGAUCUAUCUUUCAUGGAAGAGUGGUCCAGCAGAGGUGAAACACUGGAAAGAUAUGAUUGGCCAUCCUCGCACUGCUGUCGCCCAGUGGCACUCACUCAAAGCUUAAAGGACCCAUCCACCAAUCCCUCCAAGAAGGAAGACCACACCUUCAACCCCUUGUUGAUAUGCACAAGAUUGAACACGGGUACCAAAAGCCAUCCAACGUUUUCUCUAUUCUUCUUGUUUUUAAAGUCCACCAAGGAGCGAGGGAGGUCCUUCUUUCAUUUAUUUUCUUUUACCUUCACUCGUUGGUUUUUACAGACCUCCCAGGACUUCCUUUAUUUUCACCAAAAAGAGGCUAAGCACUGCCAAGAAGAAAUCCUGUGUUGCUUAGAGGAAAACAGACUUUGUCUUCCUUGAAAUUAACCUUGACUGCUCAACUGACUCUAUCGGGUGACUGGCACUGCCAAACUUCCAACGUGAUACAAAUCAGAAAACAGAUCAAUAGAACGUGCACCAUCCCUCUCCAACCCCACCGCCCCAAACAAACUAACAAAAAUUAAUAACUAAACAAAUUUGCCCCUCAAUUACCUUAUUUAUGUAUCCCAUCCCUCACACCCACCCUCUUCUUUCUCAAAUAUACAAAAAGAUCCAGAAGGGUCACAUCACACUGCAAUACCUGGUGAAGAGAGAGAUGGACUUGUUGCGUGAACUUGUCAUUUCUUGCUGUUUUUCUUUUCUUGUAAAAACCCCUCUGGAACCCCUCGUUGUCUCUAUGUACUAUAGGUGCUGUGAUGUGACAGAAAAAAAGUAUUGUUCUUUAAAAAAAAAAAGAAAAGAAAAAAAAAACUCACCUUAUCUGACUGGCUCGGCUAUAAGGUUUAGAGGAAAUAGAAUUGAAAAGAUACUAAACAUUCCAAUAUAAGAAAAGAAGAAGAAAGACUUCUGAACUGAAACUAAGAUGUCCAAUCAAACCAUUCUUCCAGAGCAUGGUUUUGUUGGUGGCUGGCAAAAGAUAUGUUAGCAUGUAUUUGUGAGUGUGCGUGAGUGUGCAUGCGUGUGUGUAUGUGUGUGAGAUGCCGUGUAUAUGCAUCUAAGUGAAAGUUGCAUUACCCGCAUAAAUCUCUUUAACCAGUGCUGCCAGUAUGAAGCCAACCUUUGCCUAAAUGUUCUUCAUUUAUUUUCACAAGAACCAAAGUAGUACCCAGAGUUUUUCAGUAAGUAACAUCUGCUGUAGAAAAGCAAAAGCUUGAGGGAAAGUAGAAGAGACAUCAUGAGUAAGCCAUGUACGUGUGUGUGAAUGUGUUUUUAUCGGGUCCAUGUGCUUUCUGACUUACAAUGGGUAUGCGUGUGUGUUUGUGAGUGAGUGAGAGAAAGUGACUUAUAAAUGUGGUGUUUCAUAUGUCUGUAACAAGGGCAAAUCUAUGAAUGGCAUGCGACAAAUUAAAGUUGGAACUUUAUUAAUGAGUCUUACAACUUAAAUUAAGCCAUUAUACUAUGCCCAUAGAAAAUAUUAAGAGCAGUUGUUUUUCAUAACAUUCCUACUGCUGCCCUAUUGUUUACACAGAGAAAUCGGAGCUUAAUGACAAACCUCUAUGUGUAUGUGCUUGUGUUUGUAUGUGCACGUGUGAAUGUGUCUGCAUAUGUAUGUGUGCAAGUGAAUGUGUCUGUGUUUAGUGACAUUGUGUGAGUCAAAUGGAUAUGUGUGGGAGAGUGUGUUUCUCUGUACAUUGGUAAAAGAUCUUUUUUGUUGACCCUUUUAUUUAUUUGUUAUACCCACAUUUGGGAAUUGUCAGUGUCUAUAAAAUUUCCAAAUUGAUCACUCGAGCAAAAGUGUACAAAGAAUGAACUACAUUUGUCUGUCUGUAUUCAUCUUUAAAAAACAAUGCUUAUACAUUUAGGUAGUACAGUACCUUUAAAUGGCUUUAGAAAAGUUAUUAGUAUAGGAGAUCUUUUUCCAAGGUAACCAAAAUGACUAUAAACCUUUCAUAAAGAAACAUUCUCAAGAAGCAAUAUUAAUGCACAAUCAUUGUGAAGUUUAUAGGGCAAAUAAGAGACAAAAUGAAAGACAUCCACAGUAAAUGUACAACUCUAUAUACAUAUACACACAUACAAACAUCCACGCACACCCACACCCAACCGUGCAGUCUAUUUUCAGUAUCUAAGAAAAUGCACUGACGUCAUACCCUCUGUUGCUGGAAGGGUGAGACACAGACAUCAGAUGUGAGCAUCACUGGCAGACAUCUCUGGCUGGCUGACCUCUCCACCUUAACAAGCUGUGACAAGCAUGUCCUCCAAGAUGCUCCAGGUCAGAGCAAAAUGUUCGGAGGACAAAUAUUUUCAGAGCACUGAAAGGACGGCAAGGCCUAAACUUCAUAACGAAGAGCGUGGGCGGAACUCUCACCAGAACGUGUGAAAGAAAAUACAGUUUUCAGUACUAAACAUUUGAAUGUAGGGUUGUGGGGGGGGGGAAUUGGGAACAUUGUUUCUUUGGACCUUUAAAUUCAAUACAUUUUGGUAUAGGAGGGUACGUUUUUGGUGAGCUACGGAUGUGGUGAUGAGAAAAGUCAUGGACUGCAGUGAAACAUGUAGGUGAAUGGCCGUUCCUCGCAUCCCAUACCAAGACUCAAACUUGUGAGGCAGCUAAUGUGAAGUCUUGUCUGUUUUACUGUUGUGCUAUACACAGUUUCAUUUGUUAUCAAGCACCGGACCUUGGAUUGAGCCAUUCACCAGUAUCUUUUUGGGUGUAAACUAAGCCCUCCGUGUCAUGACCUUAACAAAGGGAAAAAAUGAAAAGACAAAUUAACUUUGAAACAACCAGCAUAAUAAUGGGUACGUCUGUCACCUCCAAGCCAGCAAAAUCAGUUUAAUGUCAAACGGUGAAUACAAAAUGAAACAUCGGUGGAUGUCAAGCUGGCCAUGCUGCAGAACUUGUAUAAAAUUGUGUGUGUGUGUGUGU